AUGGCCCGGCCCGCGGAGAUUUUCCCGCCGCUUUUGGACCGUUUGAACGCGCCGCACCCGUCGGUGCAGCGAUUCACUGUAGACGCCAUCUUCGCGCGAUUCACGGCGCCGAGCACGGCGCCGCAGACCUGCGCGCCCGCGCGCGAGGCGCUGACGGCGUGCCUGACUCAUGCCACGUCAGCAGUGGUGGACCAAUCCGUAACAGCGCUGUGCGGGCUCGUCCAAUCAGGGCACUGCAAGGCGGAUGAAGCGCUGGCGCAUCUGCUGGCGGCGCUGCCAGCAGUGCGGGGGGAGGUGGUGGGGAGUGUGUGCGCGGGGGUGGUGGGGAUGUACGUGGCGUGUGUCAGGGAUGACGUGGCGUCUGCGAGGGGUGACGUGGCGCUGGCAACGGGUGACGCGGAUGCGCGGGAGGGGCGGAAAAUGCAGCAGGAGGGCGGGAUUGAGUCCGAAGGGGAGAAGGAGGGGAGGGACGAGCAACGAGAGGAGGUGCAGUGGCGCUGGACAGGAGGCACCCACCCCUUCACACGGGCCGCCCUCCACACGCGAUUGGUCCAAGUGGCUGCCACGUCAGCAGACCUGUUCCAGCCAAUCACGGCGCUGCUGGUGUCGCUGCUUCCAUGGCACAUGCUGUCGUCGGCAGCGGAUCGAGAGGCCAUGCUGGCAUGCCUGGGCGAGCUCAUGGAUCUAGCCUAUGCCACGUCAUCAUCCAAUCACACGCAAGAAUCCCGGAACCAAAUCCACCAAAUCCGCAACAUGCAUUCGCUCGCCUCCCUCGCCACCCGCCUAUCCGCCUGUGCUCUUGCGCUCUCCCUCGAGCUGCAAGCCGCCGGCACCACCACUGCUGGUGGUGCUACUGUGCGCCUGGUGCUCUCAGUACAAGCAGCCAUCGAGUCACCCCAUUUCCUUGUUGCUGCCUUUGGUCUCGACGCCCUUGCUGCUCUCUGCACUGCCGACGCCGUGGAUUUCUUCACGGCAUGGAAAGUGGUUUCCCGAUCACACCCCUCCCUGCCCGCGCAUGCAAUCACGGCUGCCCGUUGGUGCCACCUGCUGCACUCCGCUGCUCUCGACGCCGCGGCGUAUCCCGACGUGACACGUGGCAUCAUGGAGGGAUUGUGGGAAGCUGCCAGGAAAGGGAGGGAGGGGGAGCUGGUAGGAGGAGAAAAAGAAGGAAGAGGAGGAAAGGGAGAAGGGGAAAGGGAGUGGAGGCAGACUCGUGCCGCUGCGUUCACUGCACUUGCUGCUUUCACGGUGGAUGACGUCACAGUCACAUGGCCCUACCCCAGCACCCACCUGGUUCAGGCCUUCCUCUCAGAGCCCUCUGCUGCAGUGCGCCAAGCCAUGCUCCCCCUCCUCACCAAGCUAGCUGACUACCAACACAGGACCCGGCCUCGAGGUCGGUCGGCUGGGAGGGCUAUGGUGGUGGGAGGAGGAGAGGGGGUGGAAGGUGACGUGGCGUCUGGUGCCACGUCAGCGGGCGCGCCUGGGGCCGCCACGUGGCGGUCGAACAAGCUCCUGGCGGCGCUGCCCCGGCUGCUGUGUCCGGAGAGCUUCGGCGGCCGCAAGGGGAAAGACGGACUUGGUAAGACCGAUGACGGUAGUAUACGCUGCGCAUCUGCUGGCAGUGCCAGGCAGGCUCGGCUAGACCUGGAGAAGGCCCUCAAGGAAAGAGACGCGCACUUCCACCGCAUCUUCCUGGAAGCUUCACAAUCUCUCAGCCGCCCGGCCUUCUUCCCUUUGGCGCUCUCCUCUCUUGCUGCCUGGACGCACUUCAUGCGCCAAUGGUAUCGUGCCAGGUGUCGCCUGCUGCACGCCACAGCCACCACCACCGCCGCUGCUGCUGCUCGUGGUUCUGCCUCUACAGCUGCUGGAACAGUGGAAGGGGCAGGGACAGGGGGAGGGGGAGCAGGGGGAGGGGGAACAGGGGGAGGGGGAGCAGGGGGAAGGGGAGCAGGGGGAAGGGGAGUAGGGGGAGCCGUUUCCCCAGGCGACGUGCCGGCAGCAGCAGCAAGGGGGCUAUGGUCAACAGUAACCCAAGGGUUUGACAGCGGUAUUCCAGUGCAAGCAGAGAACAGUGCACUCGCCCUCGCUGCUCUCUGCCAAGCCUUGCCGUCCACCCUCCACCCUCUUGUCGCCUCUGCUGCUGAUCUGCUCCGGGGGAGGCUCAAAGAUGGGGGGACGAGCGGGGGAUGGGGGGUGGAAGAGACGGGGGAAGGGGAAGAGGAGGGAAGGGGUGGGGGAGGGGGAGGGGGGAGGAGAGGGGGAGUGGGUGGGGAGGGGAGAGAGAGGGGUGGUGCGGGGUGGGUAGCGGUGAGUGGGUGGGCGGAUGCUCUAGCGCUGGGGGCAGUGGGAGGGUGCCUUCAUGCUACGGAUGCCCACAUGCGCCUCAGGAUUGCCAUUCUGCUCACCAGGUUCCCGGCUGACAGUGUGGUGCGACUGCUGUCGUCUUGGCUGCUUGAGAGAAGUCUGCACGUGGGAGCAGGAGCGGGCAGUCUCUGGGACGCUGCCAGCGUGCCAGCUGUCGCGUCCUCAUUGGCCCUCCUCGCCCACGCCCCUCGAAUCCCCUCCCUUGAUUGGCCCUCCAUCCUCCACCGUUUCCUCCGCCGGGUCUCUGUGACUGCCCCCGCCUCCCAUGCUGCUCUGCUGCUGUUCCCUCCCUCUCCUUCUGCUGCAUCAGCAGCGGCAGCAGUAGGGUCUCUUGAUGGGUCAGCAGAAGGAGGGAUUUCGACAGCAGGAGGGGCAGCAGGAGGGGCAGCAGCAGCAGCAGCAGCAGAAGCAGCAGCGGCAGAUGCAGACAACCUACGCUGUGCGUGCCUCCACUUCGCCGCCCACCGCGGUAUCGUCCCCUUCCUCGAUGACCUCACCGCUGACGUCAGCAGACUCGUCCAGCUGGCGCCAGCGGUGCAGCGCGCGCUGCUGUCGCGACACCUGGCGGCCGUGGUGGGACUGGUCGCUGUGCGGGCGAGCGGCCAAUGGGAGGGCGACAGCUGGCCGCUGGACGAGAGUCCCGAGUGGCGGGCGGCGGUGGAGUGUCUUGGAGUGAUGCGGAGAGAAGACGUGCUGGUAAUGCUCAAGAUUCCCUCACCGUCAGCACCAUCAGCAGGCGAAGCACCACCAGCAGCAGCAGCAGCAGCAGCAGCAGCAGCAUCAGCAGCAUCACCUGCACCUUCCAUCUCCCCCAGUAGCCAUCUCCCCCGCCUCGCAUUCUCCCCAGCAGCUGUCCGUGCAGUCGCCAUGCGCCUGCACCUCCUGCGAAUCAACCCGCGCCACCUGUCGCUUGCUGACGUGGCGCCGUGCCGCGUGUUUCUCUGCGAGCACCCGCUGCCAGCAUCCUACACGUGGCUACUGGUGGAGCUAGCCAGUGCAGUGGCAGCAGCACCGGAGGAUCAUCGCUUGCCAUUCCUUCUCGACACACUUGACUCCAUUCAAAUCACCCGUUACCCCUGGACGGCCCUGCAGCUUUUCUCUCUCAUGCUCGCCCGCCUCUCCCCAGACCGCCUGCUCCUCCCCACCAGCCCCACGGCAGCAGUCUUCCUCCUGCCGCACACCCUCCCUCCGCUCCUCUCCCAGCGCGGCCUAGCAGGCUCGGUGGGAGGCAUAGUCUCUCGCUUCCAGUCGCUGCUGUUGUGGCUGUCAGAUGAAAAGGAGUGCCUCUUCUGGGAAAUUGGGGCUGAUUCAAAAUAUGGCAGCAGCAGCAGCAGCAGUGGCGGCAGCAGCAGUGGUGGUAGCAGUGGAAGCACAGUCAGCAGCAAUGAGCGGGUGCAGGUGUUGAGGGGAGUGGUGGUGGAUGUGUUGAGGGCUCUGCGCCACCAUCUACCCUCCCAUGCCGUCUCCACCAUCUGUCUCGCCAACGUCGCUUCCCGAAGUACGUGA